CUGGAUGGGAGGUGAGUAGUGCCGCUCCCUCCGUGAAACUCUAUGGUGCCGGGCCCGGGAGCAGCAGCGCGAGCCGCUCUGCCCAGGCCCAGCCAUGGAGGUGAAGGCAGAGGUGUCCCGGCUGGAGUACAUUGCUGUCUCGCUGAAGUGUGAGGCAGAGGAACCAGUGCCAAUUGCAGCCUGUGCCCAGCUCUGUGCCCCCAUGGGUGACCUCGCCCCCGGGGUCAAGCUGGAGGAGGCUGACAAGGAGCCUCUAGACAGAGGGGGAGCACCAGCAGAGGCAGGGCCUGGUAGGGCCUGGCAGCAGGAGUACUUAGUGGGAGACUGCCCAGGGCGCGGCGGGACCGUGUGCAUGGUCUGUGGCACCUUCCUGGGUACCUGUGGGCCAAGUGCUGCCCGGGAGCAUGUUCUGCAGCACCACGCCCACUCGCUGGGCCUCAGCCCGGAGGAGAAGCGCAACAUUCUGGAGGCCUGGAGCCAGGGGGGCAACCUGCCCGAGGGGGCACCCCCACCCUGCACCCCAGGUCAGUACCAUGGGGCCAAGGAACCAGCCGAGAUCGAGGUUCUAAUUGAUCCAGAGGAGCAGACGGUGACCCGGAAACGGGGGCAGCCCAGAGGGCGCCCUGCCCCUCGCCCAGAUGCUAGGGCCCUGGAGCCCGGGCAGCGCCCGCGGGGCCAGAGGAGACGACAGAGCAUGAGGCCUGUGGAGGGCAUGGCGCUACCAGCCAGGGAGCGUAGGAGCAAGCAGCUGAGUGAGGGACAGGACAGGGGCACCGUGAGUCCAGGGACAACAUCCCCCUCAGAGGAGGCUGCCCCAAGCUCAGCGCCCCCCGAAAUCCGCCUCUUCACUGACGGUUCUUUCCCAGCCGGAUUCACGCUCAGGCUGUACUGCAGACCCCAGUCAGCUUCUGGAGGGAGAGAAAUCAGGAAGAAUCCAAGCGUCCAGGAACAGAAGAGCCCAGGGGACAGGGGAAAAACCCAGGCACUGGGGAAGAGACAGAAGCAGCUCGGCAAAGCAGGGACCGUGAGACGGAGCACAGGGAACCCAGUUGGCAACGGCCCCAUCUCUGCGCUGCCCAGCCAGGAUCUGGACCCAGGUGUCCCCCGCCUCCGCCGCAAGGGCUGCUCUCACCAUGGCAUCACCCGGCGCCUCCGGCUGAGCCCUAGCACCGUCCGCUGCACGCUGCAGAGCUGGCAGACGCAGGGCAAGGCCCCAGCAGCCCCCUCCCCACCCCAGGCCAGGCCCUUUGACCCGGCAUGGCGCGCCGACUUCCUGAUGGACUACGAUGCUGGUGCUGGCACCAUGGUGUGCAUGGUCUGCGAGUACUCCCUGCUGCCUAUUCGACUAGGCACCGUCAUGCGCCACAUCCGCCAGUGCCAUGCCGAGACCCUGCACUUGCCUCGGGGGGUGCGCCGGGCCAUCCGUGAGGUGUGGGAGACCCGGGGACCCGUCCCCGCUCCACCCCAGCACGGGGCGCUGAAGGGGGAAUAG